AAAAAAAAAAAACUGAAGAAGCAAUUAUCAGCUGGGUUUGACGCAGUUUGCGCGUAAAUUUGCUGUAGCCCACUUUCCCCUGUUCUUCUUUUCAGAGUUGAGUUGAGACCCAAGUCUCAGAUCUAUCUCAAGUUUCCAGCUUUAUUCUUUCAGACAAGAUCAUUAAUUACAUUUACUACCCAGAAGAAUUAAGCUAAAAAAAUGGAGUUCCGUUUGUUUUCUACAAGUCCUUAUUGUUUCUUGAUGAUGAUGCUUCUCUUUGCCGCCACCUCUGCUUCUUAUGCUUCUACUUUCAUUUCAGAUUCUGUUUUGGAUGGUCAUGGUUCUACUGGCAGGAAUCUGCUACAAGCUAAGAAAGCCUGCCCAGUAAACUUUGAGUUCCAGAAUUAUACAGUCAUCACAAGCGAAUGUAAAGGGCCCAGGUACUCUCCUACACCCUGUUGUGAAGCAUUCAAGGAAUUUGCUUGCCCGUUUGCAGAAGUCUUGAAUGACUUGACAAAUGACUGCGCAUCAACCAUGUUUAGCUACAUUAAUCUGUACGGGAAGUACCCUCCUGGUCUUUUCGCUAGCCAAUGCCGAGAAGGAAAGGACGGGCUCGCAUGCCCUGCUCCACCGCCAUCGCAGUCGGCUGAUGAUAAAAAUGGUCAGGUUAUGCAGAAUCCAUCCCUACUGCUAUUGCUCACAUCUGGAAUCCUUACGGUGUUAGUUCACUUGUUUUGAAGGCUUAAAAUGUUGAUUCAAUUCUUUUAUACCAACAAUUAUUUAUUAAUCACGUAUGAAAGUAUUUUGUAUGCAUUCCGAUUAAAGCCAUUCCGCAGGCAUAUACUGAAAAAAUUAUCUAAUUUGUAAAUUGAUUUGUGAUUGACAUCAUUAUUUCUUGGAUAUAGUUUGUGUCAUGACACACAAGUUUAAA